AUGGACCCAGCUUAUUUGCUUGCUUUGCAAAAGUAUAAUUUAGCGCAUUUUUAUAAGGCCUCGGAAUAUAUAACUGUAGAUUUUGUAGAGAGAUAUUCUAAAAAAGAAAUGCGCAAUGCCUAUAAUGGAUUGGUUCAGGCUAUGGAUCCCUUGGAUAACUUGCGUAAUAAACAUAGACUCAUAAUUGAGAAUUAUUCGCUGGAAAAAGCUUCUUGUGAUUCGUUAUUGCCAAAAGUUAUUGCGUUGGAAGAGAUUUUGCGAGGCAUAGGUUUUCCUUCGGGCGUUCACACAUCUUCUACGUUAUGUCGCAAAGACUUUGAUGCUAGUUUAUCAAGCUUCUUACCGAUUUAUAAGAAAAAUGAGCGUCAUUACUAUGCAUUAUUUGGUAAAAGAUUGAGACAACAUACCAAUUAUGAUUUAGGUUACUUUACAAAAUUUCUGGAAAGACCACUAAAGGAAUUCAAAGUAUCACUUGAUCGAGAAAAAAACCGUAACAAAUAA